AUGAUAUUUGCUGGGAACAUACUGUGCUCGAGGGCGCUUGUCCUCCCCUCUAAGGAUGGACGGAUCCUCGCCGAUGUCUGGAACGAACUUAGAAACCGCGAGCAAACCGACGUCCGUGAGGAAUAUGAGAAGGCCAUCCGCAUUCUUCGGUCUCUGCCAAUCCACGUGCCCGAUGCUGGAAAGCACAGCGUUUUGUAUCAAAGGGAGAUAGGAGCCGUGAUCAUGGACUUCAAAACUGCUAUAGAAUGUCCCCAGUCAGAACAUAUACCUUAUGUCGAACUGCUGUUGCUGUUUGGGGACCCUAUGAUGCGCGGACACACGAGUGGUGGGUAG